AUGGAGAACUGGAACAGGAAAUGGAGGACGCUGUGGUGUUGGUCGAACGUCUACUUGGGAUGGAAAGUAGCGCAGGCGCGCAGCCGUGCACUGCCCCAGGAUAAGCAGGCGGCAUACUGGGAGCAGCGACACGAGCAUUUUGCAAACCUUGUAUGGGACAAUAUCAAGGAGCUGAAGGGCUGGUGGGUGAAAGUGGGGCAGUUCCUGAGCACGAGGAGCGACUUGCUGCCUCAGCAGUACAUCCACCACUUGAUUAAACUGCAGGAUAUGAUGCCGACGACCCCAUACGCAGUCAUCGAGAAAACUCUGCAAACAGAAUUGGGCGAUUUGAGUCAAAUCUUCUCUAGGAUUGAAGAGAAACCUCUCGCUUCUGCAAGCAUUGGCCAAGUGCACCGCGCGUGGCUGACAGAUGGUACUGCAGUAGUGGUAAAGGUUCAGCAUGCGGACGUCGAAUCUCUUUUAAUGCACGACAUGGCUAACCUCAAGCAAUUGUCCUGGGCUUUUGGGAUGCUCGAGCAGGGCAUGAACUUUGCGCCGAUCUUAGAGGAAUGGCAGAAAGCGGCGAGCAAAGAACUGGACUUCAGAUUUGAAUAUGCACAUCAAACUAGGGCUUACGACGCUGCGCAGCGGUCGGGAAUAGGCGUGGUCAUCCCCAAAUGUUACCCAAAUUUGGUAACGAAGUCCGUUAUGGUGAUGGAGUUCAUAGAUGGCUUCAAAGUUACUGAUGUCGCGAAGCUGGAU